AUGGCAGUGGCCCCGGGAGUCGGAAGCCCUGAGCCAGCGCCACCGCUGCUAUAUAAGUAGGGGGGGCUGCGGGUUGGGGGAGCCCGGCUGCGCUUUAGAGAGGCGAAGAGCAGCCGCUUGAGGCCGGUCCCGACGAGCAAGGGCGCCACGGCCUCCCAACCCCUUUUCCAGGGGUGAGCGCCCGCAGCCAGGAUCCCGGGUGCCUGGGUCUGCGAGUCGCGGGGCGCCCUGACUGCCGGACUCCCUGCCAUACGCGCGCUCCCAAGCCCAGCGGGCGAGGCCCCCCGGCCCCCCGCGGCCACCGCCGCACCAUGCUCCACCUUAGCGAGUUUUCCGCUCCUGACGCGAUUCUGGUCAAGUCCGCUGAGGGCUGUUGCUCGGAACCCAGCACCGAACUGCCCCGGUUGCCUGCCAGGGACGCGGCCGCUGGCUAUCCCGGAGGCGACUUCUUGAGCUGGGCUUUGAGCAGCUGCGGUGCCAGCGGGGACUUAGCCGACUCCUGCUUCCUGGAGGGGCCUGCGCCCACACCCCCUCCCAGCCUCAGCUAUAGCGGUAGCUUCUUCAUCCAGGCAGUGCCCGAACACCCGCACGACCCAGAGUCACUCUUCAACCUCAUGUCGGGCAUCCUAGGCCUGGCACCUUUCCCCGGUCCUGAUGUGGCAGCAUCUCGGUCUCCACUGGACGCUUUUCCCUCAGGCCCCGACGCCUUGCUGCCGGGUCCACCGGACCUUUACUCCCCGGAUCUGGGCGCUGCAGCCUUCCCAGAUGCGUUCUGGGAGCCCUCACCCUCGGCUGGCGCCCCCUCGCAGUGCCUGUAUGAGCCUCAGCUCUCCCCACCCGACGUCAAACCAGGCCGCCGGGCUCCCCCGGCCUCUCCAGCGCUGGACACUAACUCGGCUUUCAAAGGUCCCUACGCUUCCUGGGAGCUGCUUUCAGCUGGGGCCCCAGGGAGCUGUGGUUCACAGGGAGACUACCAGGCCACCUCCGAGGCCCGUUUCCCCCUCUUGGGGGCCAAGAUUGAAGAUCUGCUGUCCAUCAGCUGUCCCGCGGAGCUGCCGGCCGACUCGGCCAACAGAUCCUACCCCGCCGGGGCCUACGACGCUUUCCCGCUGGCCUUGGGUAACUUAGGGGAAGGGGCCGAGGGCCUCCCGGGGCUCCUGACCCCUCCUAGUGGGGAUGGAGGGAGUAGCGGAGACGGCGGAGAGUUUCUGACCGGUACGCAGCCUCAGCUUUCCCCGUUGGGCCUCCGCAGCGCCACGGCGGACUUCUCAAAAGCUCUAGUGGCAGACAUCCCUGGGAGCAGUGGCGUGCCUGAGCCUCCUGGGCCACCGGUCCCAUUCCCCCCAGUAAAGGCGCGGCGCAAGGGGCGCCGGGGCGGCAAGUGCAGCGCACGCUGCUUCUGCCCGCGGCCACACACCAAGGCCUUUGCUUGCCCAGUGGAGAGCUGUGUGCGCAGCUUUGCGCGUUCCGAUGAGCUCAACCGCCACCUGCGCAUCCACACCGGCCACAAGCCCUUCCAAUGCCGCAUCUGCCUCCGCAACUUCAGCCGCAGCGACCACCUUACCACACACGUGCGCACCCACACUGGCGAGAAGCCUUUUGCCUGCGACGUGUGCGGCCGCCGCUUCGCACGCAGUGAUGAGAAGAAACGGCACAGCAAGGUGCACCUCAAACAGAAGGCGCGCGCAGAGGAGCGGCUCAAGGGCCUCGGCUUUUACUCAUUGGGCCUCUCCUUCGCCGCCCUGUGAGGGAGAAAUAAGUUUGUAGAUUGAGGCGCCGCCGCCCCGCGCGCCAGGGAAGACCAGGCCCGUCCCCCUUCCCCGCUCCUCUUUCCCGCACGC